AUGAUGCUUAACUGUGCGAUCGCCCCCCGUUGCAGGGAUGUUCUACGUCCUUGCUCCCAGAGGUUGCGCUCGCCACGCUUCACCCGACAACGACCUCUGCUACGGCUGGUUAGAUCGUUCAUUUCGGAACCUUCGUCAGGAGAUGGUGUUGAAACACGGCGCCGUCGAUCGCUUUCAGUCCCUGCAUUGCCUAGGUUCAACGAGAUUGGAGUUCAACAGCUGAGCGACCAUGCAAGAUCGCCAGAUCCGGUCCUGGUUGCACUGCACGAUCUGCUAGGAAAAUCUCAGGAUGCCGCGGAACCUAUUGCAUUCGACAUGCCCGCCCUCCAGGGACAAACCAUGGACGAGCACUUCUUCAAGCUGGGAAUGGAUGCAUCCGAGCCCUACUUAACCUAUGCGAAAAGCUAUACAACUGUCAACUCGCCUCAGAAGCCGCGCGAAUGGGUCAAGCGCAGCGGAUGGACCAAAUAUAAUCCUGACGGUUCUUGGGAGCCUGCGGACGCACCAAAUGAGUCGAUGCUCACCUUUGAUACCGAGGUCAUGUACAAAGAACACUCCUUUGCUGUUAUGGCUUGCGCUGUGAGCCCUACAGCCUGGUAUGCAUGGCUUUCGCCCUGGCUUCUCGGUGAGUCAGAGAACGAAGUUCAACUCAUACCUUUGGGGGAUACAAAGCAACCGCGGAUCGUGGUUGGACACAACAUCGGGUAUGACCGAGCGCGCGUCCUCGAGGAGUACGGAAUGGAACAGACUCGCAACUUCUUCCUUGAUACCAUGUCACUCCACGUCGCUGUCAACGGGAUGUGCUCGCAGCAGAGACCCACAUGGAUGCGUCAUAAGAAGAAUAAGGAUCUGAGAGACAAGAUUGCAAACGAGAGCAACUCCGUCGAGCUGGCUGCGUUGCUCGAAAGCAAAAUGCUGAGCGAAGAAGAGGAGGAAUUGUGGGUAGGAAGGAGCUCAGUGAAUUCCUUGCGCGAUGUAGCCAAGUUUCACUGCGACGUUACGAUUGACAAAUCGCAAAGAGACUAUUUUGGCGAACUUAACAGGGAGCAGAUCUUGGGAAAGCUGGAAGAAUUGCUGGAUUACUGUGCCGCGGACGUCGCCAUCACCCAUCGCGUGUACAAGAAGGUGUUUCCCAACUUCCUUGAAGUCUGUCCUCAUCCUGUCAGCUUUGGAGCUCUCCGCCAUCUUUCCUCUGUUAUAUUGCCUGUCAACGAAACGUGGAAAGAGUAUAUUACGAACGCGGAAGCAACAUAUCAUCAACGAGUCGACGAUGUGCAACGGAGGCUAGUUGAACUGUGCGACAAAGCUCUCGAGGUCAAAGAAAAGCCCGAUAUUUACAUGAAUGACCCUUGGCUGCGACAGCUGGACUGGUCUGGCCAAGAAAUCAAAAUGGUCAAGGGCAAGAAGAAGGGUGAUCCUCCCCGACCCGCGGCCAGACAGAAGAAACCAGGCAUGCCGCAAUGGUACAAAGAUCUUUUUCCUUCGACUACAGCGGACAUCAACCUGACUGUGCGCACCCGGAUUGCCCCUAUACUAUUGAAGCUGUCAUGGGACGGUUACCCUCUGACAUGGUCCGAUAAAUUUGGAUGGACAUUCAAAGUCCCGAAAGACCAGGUCAAAAAAUUCGAAAACCAGCCUGUGGUUCUCUGUGAUAUGAGUGAAGAGAAGAAUCUAGAGUUGCGCGACGAUAGGAAACAUGUGUACUUCAAACUCCCUCAUAAGGAUGGCCCACAAGCACGUUGCGUCAACCCAUUAGCCAAGGGCUAUCUGCAAUUCUUUGAGCGGGGAACGCUUUCAUCGCAAUACGCACUCGCCAAAGAAGCUCUGGAAAUGAAUGCCUCCUGCUCAUACUGGAUCAGCGCCCGUGACAGAAUCAUGAGUCAGAUGGUAGUCUACGAAGAUCAAGUCAAGCAGUCCGGGUCUACAGGUGAAAAGUCAAACCGACUAGGAUUUAUUCUCCCUCAAAUCAUACCUAUGGGCACGAUCACCCGGCGAGCAGUGGAGAAUACGUGGCUAACAGCUAGCAACGCCAAGGCAAACCGCGUGGGUUCUGAACUCAAGGCCAUGAUUAAAGCUCCGCCAGGAUAUGUCUUUGUUGGUGCAGAUGUUGACUCCCAGGAAUUGUGGAUUGCCAAAGGUUCCAAGGCUGCUGGGACUGAUAUGCAUUCGCGCACUGCCAAGAUCCUGGGUAUUUCGCGUAAUGACGCGAAGGUUUUCAAUUAUGGACGCAUUUAUGGUGCUGGUGUCAAGUUCGCUGCCACACUGCUUCGGCAGUUCAAUCCAUCCAUGUCCGAGAAGGAGACCCAAGAAGUUGCAACCAAUCUCUACAGAGAGACAAAGGGCACCCGCACAACUCGUCGUAUCCUGAAUGAGAACCCUUUCUGGCGCGGAGGUACUGAGUCCUUUGUCUUCAACAAAUUGGAGGAAUUCGCCGACCAAGAAAGACCGCGUACGCCUGCGCUCGGCGCUGGGAUCACUGAGGCACUCAUGCGGCGCUUCAUCAACAAGGGCAGUUUCAUGACUUCUCGAAUUAACUGGGCAAUCCAGUCAUCUGGGGUCGAUUAUCUCCACCUUUUGAUAAUAUCCAUGGAUUAUCUUAUCCGACGAUUUAACAUAGAUGCUCGACUCGCAAUCACCGUCCAUGACGAAAUCCGGUACCUUGUCAAGGAAGAGGACAAGUAUCGAGCUGCCAUGGCCCUACAGGUGGCCAACGUUUGGACCCGCGCCAUGUUUUCGCAACAAGUUGGGAUCGACGAUCUUCCUCAGUCUUGUGCCUACUUUUCGGCAGUCGAUAUCGACCACGUACUGCGUAAAGAGGUGGACAUGGACUGCGUAACUCCUUCUCAUCCACACAAGAUCCCACACGGAGAAAGCUUGGACAUUAGUCGGCUAUUAGACAAGGACCAAGAAGCAUAUUUGGAUCCUUCAGUAGUCCCGGCUUCGCCUCCUUCGCCCCAGAAAUACACUUACACGCCACGAGAAUCUGUGAUGGCGUCGCUUCAAGCCACCAAUAAUCCUGCUUUCAUCAAAGCUCAGAUUACCAAAGAUGACAAAGAGCUUCGAGAAAUCAUCAAGGAGGUGACGAAGACGAAGGCUGCCACCUCUUCAACGGCACGCUCUGUUCGAAACGGUUCCAAAUCGACCAACUUCCCUUCAGCGGAGCCUCAAAAAGCGGUCCUAAUGGACAUUGAUUCUGGACUGUACCGCGAUUUCCGGUAUCUACCACAGGGGAGCAGGCAUCCCCACUUCAAUAUGAACCGGCAGACAUGGAAACCCAGACCGGCCGCCCGGCCUUAG